AUGGAGUGGGAUCCUGCACUGACUGCUCUCAACUGGACUGUCCCGUCCUCUGGACCUGGGCCCUUUGUCUUACUGGGGGUUCCAGGACUGGCGACACUGCAUGCCUGGCUUUCUGUGCCCAUGUUGGUGCUAUAUAUGGCAGCUUUGACAGGGAACAUCCUUCUACUAGGGCUGGUGGCAGCUGACCAGGCACUUCGGUCACCUAUGUAUCAGCUGCUGGGGCUUCUGGCAGCUGCUGACUUGGUUCUGGCCACGUCCACAGUGCCCAAAGCCUUGGCGGUGCUCUGGGGUCUGUCUGGUGAGAUCUCCUUUGGGGCUUGCCUCGCUCAGCUCUUUGUUGCCCAUGUGGCCUUCAUUGUUGAGUCCUCAGUGUUGCUGGCCAUGGCAGUGGACCGCUAUGUGGCCAUUUGCCAACCUCUACGCUAUGCUGCUUUGCUGACUCAGCGUGUGGUGGGCACCGUGGCUGUAGCUGCUGUGACCCGUGGUGCCUGUGUCAUGGCCCCCCCUGUGGCCUUACUCCAAAGACUGCCUUACUGUGGUAGGCGAGCCCUACCCCACACGUACUGUGAGCACAUGGGUGUGGCUCGGUUGGCAUGCGGCGACACCCGCCCCAACAUCUGGUAUGGUCUGGCCACCACACUGCUCUCUCCAGUCCUGGACCUUGGGCUCAUAGGCACUUCCUAUGCCCUCAUUCUCCGUGCUGUGUGCCGCCUGCCGUCCCACGGGGCCCGCCGCAAAGCCCUGGGCACCUGUGUGGCCCAUGCCAGUGUCAUCAUUCUCUUCUACACUCCUGCCCUCUUUUCCUUCCUGACACACCGCUUUGGCCAACACACAGUCCCUGGCCACGUCCACAUCCUCCUAGCUAACCUUUAUGUGGUGGUCCCCCCGGCCCUCAACCCUGUGGUCUAUGGAGUGCGAACCCGGCAGAUUACCCAGCGCCUCCAGCACUUGCUCAGAUUAUGUUGGACAGGGGCAAUGCGGAAUGUGGGUCCUGGGGGGGCCAACCCACAGGAGUGA